AUGGGCGCCUGGGGCCGCUCUCGGAUAUGGUUGAAACGCCUUGUGCAAAGAUGUGAAACUGUAGGGGUUGCCCGCUUGCCAACGGCUCUGGCACCCCAGAUACCGAUUGAAAGAUGGGAUGUCCGUCCGCUGGCUGCCAUGUUGACAGCAGCAUCAGCAGUUGCAGCAGUUGCAGCAGAGCAGACGCGGCGCUCGCAUAGCAAGCUCAGCUGUGCCUCUACACAGCGUGUAAGCCUGGGCCCCAUCACUGACUUCGAAGAGGCCAGCAUGCGAGAGGUGAAGAUGGAGGGAGGCGGAGCUGUGCUGGUUCAUCGCCAUCAGGGCGAGUUCUUCGUAACUUCGCCGGCCUGUGGCCACUAUGGAGCUCCCCUCAGGAAGGGCGUCAGCUCUGCAGGAGGCCGCGGUGGCCCACCCACCAUCACCUGCCCCCUGCACGAUGCCACUUUCGACCUGCGAACUGGCCAGGUGGUUAGAGGUCCCAGUGUGGACGGCAUCGCCGUCUACAAGUCGGAGGUCAAGAACGGUGUCCUUUUCGCCGACGUUCCCUCAGAGAUUGUUUCUGGCACCGGCAAGCACGCGAAGGUCCUCAAGCAGAUGGCGAAACGAAAGCCUGGAGACGAGCGGGUCUUCGCACUGUUGGGCGGUGGGCCAGCUUCAUUGGCAGCAGCCGAAACCCUUCGCCAGGAGGGCUUCACAGGUCGCAUUGUGAUGAUUACCCGCGAGCCACAUUUGCCGUAUGACCGUGUGCAGCUUUCAAAAGCAUUGGACAAACCAGUGGAAAAACUUCUUCUUCGACCUGAGGGCUUUUUCAAGGACUAUGACAUUGACGUCAUCCGAAAUGCUUCGGUUACCAAGCUCGACACAAAAACUCAAAAUGUGCACUACAUGAACGCUGACGGGCAGAAGGAAUCGCUCCACUAUGACAAGGUUCUGGUUGCCACCGGUGGUACACCUCGCAAACUUUUCGUACCUGGCGCGGACUUGAACAACAUCUUCACGCUAAGGACCCCUGAGGAUGCGGCAAAGAUCGCCCAGCUGGCCAAGAAGGGGCAAAAGAUGAUUGUUGUAGGUGGUUCCUUCAUUGGUAUGGAGGUGGCCUCCUCUUUGGCUAAGAAAGGCUGCGAUGUUGCUGUGAUUGCCAUGGAAACGGUGCCCUUCGAGCGCGUGUUGGGCAAGAAGGUUGGUGCAUCCUUCGCCCGGAAGCUGCAGAAGGAGGGCGUCGAGUGGUUUGGCACCUCGCAAGUUCGCCUCUUUCGCGGUAACGAAACGGUGAAUGGUGUGGAGCUGGAAGAUGGCGAGGUCCUCCCUGCAGAUGCAGUGGUGGUUGGUGCUGGGGUUCUCCCGAACACUCGCUUCAUUGAGGGCCUGUCGCUGGACAAGAACGGAGCCAUCAUUGUGAACCCGCUCUUGCAGGCCGAAGCGUGCGACAACCUUUUCGCCGCCGGUGAUGUCUGUGCCUACCCCGCCAUUCGCACAGGGCAGCGCGUGCGAAUUGAGCAUUGGGACGUGGCAACACAGCAGGGGCGGGUGGCAGCGCAAAACAUGCUGGGCAAGUACCAGCCGUUUACCACCACACCCUUCUUCUGGUCAGGUCUCUUCGGCAACCUCAACUUGCGCUUUGUCGGCCAUGCUCCCGAAGCGCUAGACCGAGUCAUUAUAGAAGGCGAUGUCAGCAACAUGGAGUUCGUCUCAUACUACACAGAGGAUGAUGAAAUCCGGGCGGUCGCAACUGUGAACAAGGACCCAGUGGCUGUUGCCUGUCCAGGCCUCAGGAGAUCAGGACUGCAUACAUUGUUUCCCACAGUUGCUGGUCUCAGGAGGUUACGAUUCUAA